AUGGCUGUAACCAUUGCUCUGGGAUAUCAGUAUCUUUGGGUAGAUCGAUAUUGCAUUUCCACAGAUUCUGCUCAAAAGCACCAGCAGAUAUCGGAGAUGGACUUAGUCUAUUGCUCCGCACAUGCUACCAUCAUUGCCGAAUCAGCACAAAUCCCUUCUGAUGGACUACCUGGUGUAUCAACACGUUGCAGGCAACGGCAACCACAGAUAACCUUGGACAAAGGCGUACUUAGACAUACGCUACCGCACGGGGGUGCUGUCAUCGGAAACUCCAAAUGGGCAAGCAGGGCGUGGUGUUAUCAAGAGUACUGUCUUUCUCGACGAAGGCUAUUCUUCACUCAAUCCCAAGUGAUUUUCGAAUGUGCUAAAACGCAAGCACAUGAGACCAUGUCUACAUCGCAGGCCUAUUUUCUCGCAGAAGAGGCUCGGCCAUGGAAAUCCUUUUUCCCUGCUUGCUACUUUGCAACAGAACAUAGCGCGUCAACCCGGCACGUAUGGGAUUCAAUCUACAACUAUACCGGCCGGGCUAUGUCGUAUGAAUCUGAUGCGUUAAACGCGAUGCUCGGUCUAUUCAAGGUGUUUCAAUCAUCGCCAGUGCCGAUUUAUCAUUUCUGGGGAGUGCCAUAUCGGCCAUGGGCGAACCGCUCUGACUUGAUCGAGAACCCAAUUUCAUCAUUGUGUUGGUAUAUCCUAGGAUCUUGGAAGAGGAGGCGGACGUUCCCUAGCUGGUCGUGGUUAGGGUGGUCUGGGAGUGUGCUUUCAGAAUUUCACGACAAGCAGGAUACAGAAACAGAUCAUGAUCUGAGGAUCGGCGCAGAGACAAGAGACGGCAAUGAGGUUCAAGGAUGGCCGCCGGAGUUGUGCACUAAAAACCGACUCGCGCCGUACCUUCUUCUUGAGGGUAAAACUUCCCAGCUGAAGUGUUCACGGCAGGACGAGCACCGGCUCUGGUAUCUAAGGGCGGUAGAUGGUGGCGAAUGGCUGGUCCUGUCCGAUGAAAUCGGCUUCUAUGCAGGCGGUAACCCGAUGUCUCCACACUGCGUGCUCGAAGGAGAAAUUUCCGAUGGAGAAAAAGGGCAUCAUGAUUCUCUGACGGCUGUUCUACUUGGAACUGAUUCCGGACUCAUUUACUUACUAGUUCUGGAACGAAAUCGGACACUUGACAAUGAAAAGCGAAUCGGAUGUGAGAGGAUUGGAUACAUAAAAAUUCAUAGAUUCGAUGUCAUGGCAAAGAUUCAGUGGGAAAAUCGGCGGCUACGUGUUGGAUAA